AUGGGUGACGUCCAGUCUGCUUCGGCCUUGUACCUUGGUGCUGCCGGAGCGGGUGCUUUGCUCUUGUAUCUUGUCUCCUUGGCUAUCUAUCGUCUCUACUUGAGCCCGAUUGCAAAGUUUCCGGGCCCCAAACUCGCCGCUCUAUCACUAUGGUACGAGUUCUAUCAUGACGUUGUUCGCGGUGGCCAAUAUUGUUUCAAAAUCAACGAGCUUCAUGACCAAUACGGACCCAUCAUCCGGAUUAAUCCUUACGAACUCCAUGUCCGCGACCCCGACUUCUAUGACGUGCUCUACAGCGGUCCAGGACGUAAACGUGAUAAAUGGUGGUGGUCGGUGAACAUGUUCGGCAACAGUUCUUCCAUUUUCGGAACGGUACCUCAUGACCUUCACCGACUCCGUCGAAGUGCUUUGAACCCAUUCUUCUCCAAGCAAGCCAUCAGUCGGAUGGAACCACUAAUCCGCGACCUCAUUGAGAAGCUCUGCGCGCGAUUCGAGAGAUUCCGGGAAACUGGUGAGCCUGUAGAUACGCUCCAAGCGUAUGCUGCAUUGACGACCGAUAUUAUCACCACGUAUUCCUUCAACACUUCUUAUGGGUGUAUUGAUGACCCUACUUGGAAGUUCGAAUGGCCUCAGGCAAUGGUCAAUAGCACUACCAGCGGCCAUUUGAAUAAACAAUUUAAGUGGUUAUUUCCUGCGAUGCAGGCAACGCCUGAAUGGAUUGUCAAAAUUUUGAACCCGGCUGUUAUAAACCUCAUUAACUUUCAAAAGGAUUUGGCGCGACAAAUUAGUGGCCUCAUGAACGACGACUCGGAAAAAGAGAAACCCUCGCACCCGACCAUCUUCCAUGAACUAAUCAACGGCGAUCUCCCCCCUGAAGAAAAGUCUCUGUCUCGAUUAGUUGAUGAGGGCCAGACCAUGAUUGCAGCCGGCCAGGAAACCUCGUCUUUCUUCCUGAAGACUGUGACUUACCAUAUCUUGGCCAAUCAAGAAAUCUAUUCGAAGCUCAAAGCCGAGCUGAUGGAAGGUAUUCCAAACCCGAAAUCUAUUCCACCGCUAGCACGAUUAGAACAGCUUCCUUAUCUCCAUGCCGUCGUUCAAGAAGGUCAUCGCUUCUCACAUGGCGUGGUGGGACGACUACAGCGCAUUUCGCCAGACGAACCGCUUCAAUACCAAGACUGGGUGAUUCCUGCCGGGACUCCGGUAUCGAUGACGUCCCUCAUACAGCAUGAAGACCCCUCUAAAUUUCCCAAUCCUAAGAAAUUUGAUCCAAAUCGGUGGCUGAACGACUCGGCAAAGGCCGAAAAAUAUCUGGUGCCGUUCAGCAAGGGCACGAGGCAGUGUCUUGGGAUCAACUUGGCGACUGCGGAAAUCUAUUUGACGUUGGCGACUGUCUUUAGAAGGUUCGACAUGGAGCUAUAUGAGACGACUGCAAGGGAUGCAGAAAUCGCGCAUGAUUUCUUCAUUCCACAUGGUCAUGCCGAUUCGAAGGGGGUCAGAAUUGUCUUCAAAUAG